AUGCAGACAAUUGAUAGUGAUUUACCAUCACCAAAAGAAAGUUUAGACAUUACCCUAGCAGAAGAAACCCCUGUCUUGGACGUUACUGAGUCUGAUGAACCACGUAGCCCAACAGCUGAGCGUGAGUUACCUUCAGAGGAGGGUCAAAUGAAGACCACUGAAACACUGAGUGAGACUGGAGUCUCCAAAACCAAAGAAAAGAAAAAGACAAAGAAACCCAAAAAGACAAGCAAAGACAAGGGUCGUGGGGAGGAGGAAGCGCCUUCUGACUUCCAAGAAGUAAAACCUGAUUCUACUGAACCACAGGGCGUGAUCAAAGAAACAGAGGAAAAAUUAGUUCCCUCUGAAGAACAAGACCUCAUAACUCCACCUCAGCCAGAAACAGUAUCAGUGCCAACAGAGCAGGUCCAAGAAAUUGAAAAAGACAAAGAAAUUCCACUAGAAAUGCCCAAAGACAGUGUUCAGAUUCAGCCCCAAGAGCCAACUGCUGGUGUGGUUUCUGAGAUUCAGCCAGCAGAACCUCAUGCAGAAACUGAUAGUGAUUUACCAUCCCCAAGAGACAUCGAUACAACUGCUCAAGCUGAGCCACAGGAGUUGAAAGAGAGUGAGCCUGAGGUCUCCAAAAAGGAUCCAAGUGCUGAGUUAAAGGCCACAGAUGUUGAGUCACAGUCAUCUGUCGUUGAUCUUGUGAAAGUAGCAGCGCAGGAAAUUACAAAAGGUGUGGAAACAAUAUUUACCACUGAUUAUUCCAAAACUGAAAAGUUGGAUGAGGAAGAGACAGCCGUUUCCGCGGAUCAGUCAAAAUCUCUACCAAAAGAAACAGAAUUAACAAACGAAUCAACGCAAAAUGUAAUUCAAAUUCAGCCCGAGAUGGAAUCAGUGACAGUACCACCGCAGGUGGUUCAACCAGCUGAGGAGGAAAAAGAAACCCCACUGGAAUCAAAGAAAGAUUCUGAUGAAAUUGAGCCACAACAGCCAACUUUGGAGGUUUGUGAGAUUCAACCAACAAAACCUCAAGCAGAAAUAACAAUUGAUAGUGAUGUACCAUCACCAAAAGACACUGAAACAAGUCUUAAAAUUAAACCAGAAGAACAGAAAUUGAUGGUAUGCGAAAAUAAAGAAACUCUACCUCUGCCAGAAGAUUCAGAAAUUACUCCAGUUAAACAAACCCCUGUCGUGGAUGUUACUGAGUCUGAUGAACCACGUAGCCCAACAGCUGAGCGUGAGUUACCUUCAGAGGAGGGUCAAAUGAAGACCACUGAAACACUGAGUGAGACUGGAGUCUCCAAAACCAAAGAAAAGAAAAAGACAAAGAAACCCAAAAAGACAAGCAAAGACAAGGGUCGUGGGGAGGAGGAAGCGCCUUCUGACUUCCAAGAAGUAAAACCUGAUUCUACUGAACCACAGGGUGUGAUCAAAGAAACAGAGGAAAAAUUUGUUCCCUCUGAAGAACAAGACCUCAUAACUCCACCUCAGCCAGAAACAGUAUCAGUGCCAACAGAGCAGGUCCAAGAAAUUGAAAAAGACAAAGAAAUUCCACUAGAAAUGCCCAAAGACAGUGUUCAGAUUCAGCCCCAAGAGCCAACUGCUGGUGUGGUUUCUGAGAUUCAGCCAACAGAACCUCAUGCAGAAAUUGAUAGUGAUUUACCAUCACCAAAAGAAAGUUUAGACAUUACCCUAGCAGAAGAAACCCCUGUCUUGGACGUUACUGAGUCUGAUGAACCACGUAGCCCAACAGCUGAGCGUGAGUUACCUUCAGAGGAGGGUCAAAUGAAGACCACUGAAACACUGAGUGAGACUGGAGUCUCCAAAACCAAAGAAAAGAAAAAGACAAAGAAACCCAAAAAGACAAGCAAAAGACAAGGGUCGUGGGGAGGAGGAAGCGCCUUCUGACUUCCAAGAAGUAAAACCUGAUUCUACUGAACCACAGGGUGUGAUCAAAGAAACAGAGGAAAAAUUAGUUCCCUCUGAAGAACAAGACCUCAUAACUCCACCUCAGCCAGAAACAGUAUCAGUGCCAACAGAG